AUGCUUCAUGAUGACUUUGGUGAAUUGGAACCAACUCACAUGGCUUUGCUGGACGAGAUUGUGACAAAACAUCCAAGUCUUCAUACCAAAGUGUUUGAGCUCCUCAGUCGGCUUUAUGAUCGCCAAGCCAAUCAAAUGAGAUUGACCGAAGUGAUUAUUGGUAGACAACGCUGUAUUGUCGAUCGCUUUAUACAACUUCUGGCAUUUGGUUUUGCAUUGCCCGUAAUUGAAAAAAUUUACAGAAUGUUUCGUGAAGGACAAAUCGACGUUUCUCUUGUGCGAUAUUUUGUUUUGGAAGUUUUGAAUAUCAUCGAACCACCAUAUUCCUAUGAAUUCGUCGAGACAUUUUCGCCGAUUGUUCUAGAUCGGGAGAUAUUAGACGUAGCGACAACAACGAAAACACCGGCUGUUAGUGAUUUCAUCCGACACGUUUCGAUGACAAGCAUGGAAAAAGAGCAGCCACCGGGUCGCUCGAGUGCUAUUGACAGUGACAGUGAAUAUGAAGUGCUCGAUUGUGGACGGGUAGACUUCAGCUAA